UAUAAACAUUUGCAAUGUUUGUUACACUCGUAUCUGCAAUUGCAUUAUUUUGUUGCGUUUGGUGGCUAAGACAACUGCAACGAAACUAUUUUUACGCCUCAUUAUCGCGAAGAAUUAAAACAAUCGAUGGAACACCCAUAGAGAAUGUGGCCCCUGAAGUAGGCGGUAUUUUUGGCAGUAAUUUUGAUAUGCUUUCCAUGAAUAUGGAACAACUCUAUAACUAUUCGCUUGACUAUGCUUCCAAAUACAAACGAAGUUAUAUACAAUAUUUUGUAAUGACUCCAGUUUUUAACAUCAUCGAUGCCAAAGAUGCUGAAUUGGCUCUAAACGAUACUCGUCUGCUGUCGAAAUCUUUUGUAUACAGCUUUUUGCAUCCAUUUUUAAAAACGGGUCUUUUAACAAGCUCUGGUAAAAAAUGGCACAAUCGCCGACGAUUGUUAACACCAACUUUUCAUUUCAAUAUUCUUCUGCAAUUUAUGGAAGUUUUCAAACGUGAAUCUAUGGCUUUUGUGGAGCUAUUGAACGGCAGGUUACAAACGGUUUCGGACUGCAAGGCAACAAUAUCCUUGAGUGAAUUAAUUCCUCGUUUCACUCUUAAUAACAUUUGUGAAACUGCUUUGGGCGUGCAUUUGGAUGAUCUUUCGGAUGGUGAUGAAUAUCGCAAACAAAUCUCCCAAGUUGAGGAAUUCUUUAUAGAACGCAUAAAGAACCCCUUAAUGUCGUUUGAUUUCAUUUAUCAUCAUUUCGGCCCGGGAAAGCAUUAUGUGAAAUCCAUGAAGAAACUUCAUGCAUUUUCCGAAGGCAUCAUUGAAAAACGACGAAAAGUUUUGGGAGAUCUGUUGCAGUUUCAAGAGUUCAAUAAAAUCGAAGAAGAUGAAAAAAACAUCUAUCGCAAGCAACGUUAUGCCAUGUUAGAUAGCCUGCUGAGGGCCGAGCGAGAGGGCCUUAUAGAUCAUGCGGGUAUUUGUGAAGAAGUUGAUACUUUUAUGUUCGAAGCCUUCGAUACGACUUCUAUGAAUUUGAUUUUUGUUCUAAUGUGUCUAGCCAACUAUGCAGAUAUGCAGAAAAAAUGCUAUCAAGAAAUUCAAGAGCAUGUCGGUGAUGAUCUGUCAAAGCUGGAUAUGCAACAAUUGGCAAGUCUUAAAUAUCUUGAAUACUUUUUAAAGGAGACACAACGUUUGUAUCCUUCGGUGCCAGCAAUAAGUCGUCAAUGUUCUGAGGAUAUUGUGUUUGAUGAAAAAAUUCUACUGCCAAAGGGUACUUUUGUGUCCAUAUACAUACGUGAUAUACAUAGAAAUCCCAAGUAUUAUGAAGAGCCUGAGAUCUUUAAGCCCGAAAGAUUUUUUCCACAACAAGUGGAACAUAGACAUCCUUUUGCCUUUAUACCCUUCAGCGCUGGCCAAAGGAAUUGUAUUGGCCAAAAAUUUGCCAUGCUAGAGAUGAAAACUUUGCUGGUCUAUGUGCUGAAGAAAUUUAUAUUGGAACCCAUCACUAAACCUGAGUCACUACGUUUUUCCUCGGGACUUUUAUUGCGUACCUCUACAAAUGUACAAAUUCAACUAAAGCCUAGAAAUUAGUAGAGCUUAAUAAACAAUGGAUUAUGUCUAA